UUGUUCAUCAUCGAUGAUGAGGGUGUGGUGCAGCAGAUCACGGUAAAUAGCUUGCCGGUCGGUCGAAGCGUCGACGAGACGCUGCGCCUCUUGCGAGCGAUUCAGUACACAAAGGAGCACGGCGAAGUGUGUCCCGCGGGUUGGACCCCGGGGGAUCCGACGAUGGUCGGUGAUCCAGAAAAGUCCAAGGAGUACUUUGAGGCGCACGCAGGCAAGACGCCGGCGUCGAGCUCGUCGAGCUCGGCAUCGUCAAGCGACUUCGCAGCCAAGCUCACGCCGAUCGCUUCUCGCACCGAUUUCGAUGCCCUCAUCAAUGGACCAAAUCCCGUGAUCGUCGAUUUCAUGGCGAGCUGGUGUGGUAAAUGCCGACAAAUCGCUCCGGAGGUUGAUAAACUCAUCGACCAGUUCCCAGAUCUGGUCUUUGCGAAAUUCGACACCGCGCACGCUGAUUUGGCGCCCCUCAGCAAAGAGCUCGGCAUCGAAGCCAUGCCGACGUUUAAGUUUUACAAGAAAGGCCGCGAAGUCGACGAAGUGAUUGGUUAUAAGCCCAAGCUCCUUCGCGAGGCCGUCACCGCAUUCGCUCAAUAG